AUGGUGCCUCCAUCGGCCCUGGACGUGCGAAGCACGACAGAUACACAGAUCGCUACCUUUUCUGAUAAGCUCAGCGUCAAUGGCGUUGCAGCGCGACGCUCCAAGGCGCCAAGAAUUGCUGGAGGCAUAGCGGCGCAUGCCAGUAGUGACAUGUUCAAGAGUCCCGGACAUGGUAAACCAAAGGCGAAAAGAUGGGAUCAUCGAUUGAGUGAAGAAAGCUUGGCAAGACAGCCGUCUUCCUUGAAAGGAGCUGCCAAAUAUUUGACAAUCCCUGGCCUAAUAUCUCUGGGCGGCGGUCUACCUUCGAGCCAGUAUUUUCCUCUAGAGCACAUCGAUAUCAAAGUACCCGUACCACCACACUUCUCAGAGCAGGAGACGAAAGAGUCUGGGGUAGUCAAGAGGAUAGGAAAGCAUGAUAUUGCGGAAGGAAAGAGCAUAUACGACAUCCAUGUGGCCCUUAACUACGGUCAGUCGACAGGGUCGGCACAGAUGUUGCGAUUCAUCACAGAGCAUACAGAGAUUGUACACCAUCCGCCAUACAAAGACUGGCAAUGUUCUAUGACCGUUGGCAACACUUCUGCUCUCGAUAUAGCAUACCGCAUGUUCUGCACGCGUGGCGAUUGCAUCCUGACCGAAGAGUUCACCUUCUCCUCAGCCGCUGAAACAGCUCGACCGAUGGGCGUGCAAUGCAUAGGCGUAAAGAUGGAUGAACAAGGUCUUCUUCCCUCACACCUAGAUUCGAUCAUUAGCAAUUGGGAUUCAGCCGCUCACAAUGGUGCUCCCAAACCUUGGUUGCUCUACACUGUACCUUCCGGCCAGAACCCCACAGGUGCCACACAGUCCAAGCAGCGAAGAAGAGAUAUCUACCGCAUGGCCCAAAAGCACGAUAUCUACAUACUCGAAGACGAGCCAUACUUCUUUCUACAAAUGCAACCUUACACCGGUCCAAAUGCUCCUGACGUCCCACCUCCAUCCUCUCACAGCGCCUUCAUAGACGCCCUGGUUCCCUCCCUGCUCAGCAUGGACAUUGACGGUCGAGUCAUGCGCCUGGACUCCUUCUCCAAAGUCAUCGCUCCUGGUAUGCGAUUAGGCUGGAUCACAGCCUCGGAACAAAUAAUUGAGCGUUUCGUGCGGCACUCCGAAACGUGCACCCAGACUCCCAGCGGGCCUUCUCAGUUGAUCAUGUUCAAGUUGCUAGAAGAGACGUGGGGACAUGCAGGCUACCUUGACUGGCUGAUCAACAUCAGACUGGAAUAUACGAAAAGAAGAGACAACAUCUGCUACGCUUGUGAAGAAUACCUACCGAGGGAAGUAGCGAGUUGGAAUCCGCCGAUGGCGGGCAUGUUUCACUGGAUCAAGAUUGAUUGGCGAAAGCAUCCUUCGAAAGAGGGAAAAUCGAUGCUUGAGAUUGAGGACGAGAUCUUUCAUGCUGCCAUUGAAAGAGGAACUUUGAUAUCGAAAGGCAGCUGGUUCCGGGCUGAGACUGGCAAUCCGGGAGACGACAUGUUCUUCCGGACUACCUUUGCUGCUGCCCCCGCGGACCAAGUGGCUGAAGCAAUUGAGAGGUUUGGUACUGCGUUGAGAGCUGUCUUCCAUUUGGAGGCCGCGAACGGCCAUGGGCAGUAA